AUGCCUGCGCCAGGAGAGGCCCUCGAGCUCGCUGUUCCCCCGUGUGGCUCCAUCCGUGAACCCAGGGCAGCAGCACCUUCUUGGGCAUACAUCCUGGGAGCAUUAGGACUUUUUAUCUACCAGUCCCUGGAUGCCAUUGAUGGGAAGCAAGCCAGAAGAACAAACAGUAGUUCUCCUCUAGGAGAACUCUUUGAUCAUGGUUGCGACUCUAUUUCCACAGUUUUUGUUGUCCUUGGAUCCUGCAUAGCAAUCCGACUAGGAACAAAUCCUGACUGGUUGUUUUUCUGUUGUUUUGUGGGACUGUUCAUGUUCUAUUCUGCUCACUGGCAGACAUAUGUAUCAGGCAUUCUAAGGUUUGGAAAAGUUGAUGUAACUGAAGUUCAGAUUGCCAUAACAGUGCUGCUCUUGAUAUCUGCAUGUGGUGGAUCAGCAAUAUGGGACUAUAAGGUCCCUGUGGUGGGCUUAGAACUCAAGUUCAUUGCAGUUUUGGGCAUAUUGUGUGGAACGGCACUUUCUUUUUUCAAUUACUUCCGUGUCAUCUUUGGUGGAGGGGUUGGAAAGAAUGGAUCUACAAUAGCAGUGGCUCACAUGACAAAAAGUGAAAUCUGUCUUCAGGACACUGCAUUUAUUGGGCCAGGACUUCUGUUUUUGGACCAGUACUUCAACAGUUUCAUUGAUGAAUAUAUUGUUCUGUGGAUAGCAUUGUUCAUAUCCUUGUUUGAUAUGCUGAGAUAUGCCACUGGUGUAUGCCUACAGAUUGCUGCUCAUCUUCAUAUACAUGUCUUCAGAAUUUCAUCUCAUCAAGCUCCUGAACAGGUUCAAAACCACAAUGACUGAUUAAAUAGGUCAAGGAUGAAAGGAGAAGCAGUUAGGUGAAUGUUGAAUGAAGCAGCCUCUUUUUUGGGAAGACAGAUUAAGCUUUUCAAGAAGAUAGUUUUAUGAGAAAGCUCACUCUAUCCCAGAUAUUACCAGAUG